AGUUGAGGUUAGAUUUGUAAUUCUUCACGUGAUCGCCGCGCAGUAAUAAGAUAUCGAAUCUAUUAAAUCGCGAUUAUUUCUCUUUAUUUGCAUCUAUUCCGAGCCGGAUAUAAAAACGAAAAAGAUAUAUUUGAUUUUGUCGAGAGACUGUUUACCGGAAUAAAAUGGGAAAACAAUUGGAAGACUUGGCUGUAGAACUAUUUGAAAUCAACGCUGUGAAGUUUGGCAGCUUCGUUACGAAAGCCGGCCUACAGACACCCGUCUAUUUUGACUUGAGAGUCAUUAUUUCACAUCCACGGUUGAUGAAAUCUGUAUCCAGUUUGCUGUGGACCCUGGUAGAGAAAGGGAAAAAUAUUUCACAGAUAUGCGGCGUGCCUUAUACGGCUUUACCAAUUGCCACAUUAGUAUCUGUAGAAGAAAACAUACCAAUGCUUAUAAGGAGAAAAGAAGCUAAAACUUACGGAACGAAAAAAUUAAUCGAGGGCCAAUUCAAAGCGGGGGAGAACUGUGUAAUAAUCGAAGACGUUGUGACAACUGGAAGCAGUGUACUGGAGACUGCCAAAGACCUAACGGACGAAGGGUUGAAGGUCGAAGAAGCUAUCGUUAUUCUAGACCGACAACAGGGUGGUAGUCAGAAUCUGAAAGCAAAAGGCAUCCAAAUGAAAAGUUUAUACACUCUGAAUAGUUUAAUGCAACAUCUAUUAAAUGCAGGCAAAGUGACGCCAGCUAACGUCGAAGACGUCAAGAAUUAUUUGGAACAAAACCAAGUCCAAUUAAAUAGCAAAGAAUAAAUAGAAGUCAUUGAGAAAUUCGAAGUGACUCAAGUUUAACAAUAAAUAUAUAAAUUUACAUCAUGAUUUUACACAGUUGGAACUUAAACGAAAUCAAAUAGAUUAUGGAAAAAUAGCGAAACACAGCGUGUGUGUAUAAAGAUAUAAUUUCAACAAUAUUUUUUCUUAUAUAAUACAAACAAUGUAACACAGUUGUCUACUCACUAAGUUUGUGACUAUCGUAGAUAAUAUCCGAUUAUAAAUCUGUACACACUAAGCGAAGUUAAUUCCCUGGUUAAUUUAUACUGGUAUCGUUAAAUUCAACUUCGCCAAGUGUGUUUGAACGUAGUUAUAUAUAAACGAUUGAUUAGAGUAACACUCCGUUGACAAUCGUUCCUUUCUUGUUUAUAUUCAUUGAUAUUCUACACAUGAUGUACAAAAAUAUCUGGCCUGGUUCUUAUUUAGCAACACCUUUACAAUCAUGUGUCGUUUUUUUAUAUCCUAAAUCUUAAGAUGUAAAAAUAC